AUGAUCUCCUCAGCGUUCCCUAGGCUCGUAAGCAGAGCAGGAGCAAGAGUACAGCCUUUCGCCAAGGCCCGAUUCUCCUCAUCAUCAUCCUCCAACCCAUCCACACCCUUCUUCGCCUCCAAGACCGCCGUCGCAUCCUCAACCUUGUUAGCAGCAGGUUCAUUAGCAUGGUACAACCACUUGUACGGUGCUGGAUUCGGAUCAUUGUUACCUGAAGCAUCAGCAAACUCAGCAGCGGAGAAUGGUAUGCAUCCUACCACAUUGCCGUUCGAACAUUACGGUCCAUUCGAAACUUUCAACCAUGCGUCGAUUAGAAGAGGUUACCAAGUGUACAGAGAAGUAUGUUCCGCUUGUCACUCGCUUGAUCGAAUCGCUUGGAGAAACUUGGUCGGUGUCUCGCACACUGUAGAUGAAGCCAAGGCCAUGGCUGAGGAGGUUGAGUACACCGAUGGUCCUAAUGAUGAAGGAGAGAUGUUCCAACGACCAGGUAAACUUGCCGAUUACAUGCCAGCCCCUUACCCUAACGAAGAAGCCGCCCGAGCUGGUAACGGAGGUGGUCUCCCCCCUGAUCUUUCCCUCAUCGUCAAAGCCAGACACGGUGGUGCCGAUUACAUCUACUCCCUUCUUACCGGUUACUGUGAUCCCCCCGCUGGUGUCAAGCUCGCUGAGGGUAUGAACUACAACCCUUACUUCCCAGGUGGUGGUAUUGCCAUGGCUAGGGUGUUGUUCGAUGGUUUGGUAGAAUACGAGGAUGGAACCCCCGCUACAACCUCUCAAAUGGCUAAAGACGUGACUGUGUUCCUCAACUGGGCUGCCGAACCAGAACAUGACCAAAGGAAGAAAAUGGGUUUACAAGCUUUGAUCAUCCUCUCCACCUUAACGGCCAUCUCAGUCUACGUCAAGAGAUUCAAAUGGACAUACCUCAAAAACAGGAAAAUCGUUUACGAUCCUCCUAAGCCAGCUAGACACGGUCCUCUUUAA